GACUCAUCAUUGUAAAGAGUGCAAUAAAUGUGUGUUGAGAAUGGUAAUUUUUAUUUGAUCUUUUAUAAAUUAGGACCAUCAUUGUCCUUGGGUGAACAAUUGUGUUGGCUUGAAAAACCAUAGAUAUUUUUGUCAAUUUAAUUUCUAUGCAAUCUUGUGUAUGAUUCAGUGCACUUUAUUUAUUUCUUAUGAUAUAUUUAUAAAUGAUAAGUUGGUAUUGCAAGUAAAUUUUUUUAACCUAUUUUCUAGGAGCUAACAAAAAACCAACAAUUUAUUUUAACUAUUUGCAAUGUUACUUGUUUUGCUUUAGUAGUUGUAAUGGGAUUUCUAUUGGGGUUUCAUCUAUAUCAUAUUGCUUAAAAUAUUACUACAGUUGAAUUCCACAUUAAUGAAAUAAAAGCAAAUGUAUUCAAGCAUUAAAAACUAUUCUUAGAACCCUUUCAAAAAACCUAGGAUUGUUGAUAACUUUAAGGAGGUCUUUGGUCCUGAAAUUAAAUAUUGGUUCCUUCCUAUAAGAAAUGCUGAAAAAAGCGCAUUUCCCAGAACAGACCUUUUUGAAGUUUGA